AUGAAGCCCCAUACUGAAAGCAUUGUGAAUGCAGUAUCUUCACAAAUUCCUUUCAAUGCUGGCCCAAUCGUUGGGGUUCACAUACGCCGCGGUGACAAGCUAGAAAAGGAAGCGAAAUAUCAUAAGAUAGAAGAGUAUAUGGCAUGGAGUGACAUCUAUUUUCAGAUUCAAGACCGCAUCCUGAAACGUAAUGUGACUCGUCGAGUUUACGUUGCAUCCGAUGAUCCGACAGUCCUACCGGAUGUCCGGUACCCGAAUUAUGAAGUGUAUGGUAAUGUUCACUUUGCUGAAGCCGCUAAAAAACGUUACACUGAGCGAUCGCUUCGCGGACUUUUGAGUGAUGUGAUGAUGCUCAGCAGAUGUAAUUAUCUCGUUUGCACAUUCUCUAGCCAUCUCUGCCGACUUGCUUAUGAGCUGAUGCAAGUUCGACAUGGUGAUGCCGGCGAAAGCUUCCAUUCUCUGGAUGAUAGCUACUAUUUUGGCGGACAGCUACAAAACGACUAUAUCGCUAUCGAAAGUCACACAGCACAGGACGACACUGAAAUCAACCUAAGAAUAGGGGAUUUAAUAAGCCAUAAGAAAAAUCACCAUGAUGGAUAUGCGAUGGGUUUCAAUAAAAGAACGGGAAAAAGAGGGAAGUUCCCUCGUUUCAAGGUUGAAGAACAAUGGCGGAUUGUUGAUUAA